AUGGCCAAAUGCCAGCUGAGUGGAUCAAGUUAUUUGAAAGAAGCUAGUGGCUUGCAGGUUCCACUGUUGGUCAAAUUACGCCUAAUUAUAGGAAGAAGUAAAGACAAGUCCAUUUUAUUCUGUGAAGAGGUGUUAGCGCUAGACGAAAAUAGACUGGAGAAUAAUUGGACUGGCAGAUCUUAUUUCUAUCUACUUAGUGAUGGGACAUUUUCUCCAUUCAAACUGACUAAGGCUAAUACAGCUUCAUUUCUCAACCAGAAAACACCUCAAUACCCUUGUGCAUGUAUGCGUUCAUUUUUCACUCCAAAAGGAAAGAAAAAAGAAAAGAGUGAUGGAAAGAAAGACGGAGGGGGAAAAAGAGGGAAAGCUAAUACAGCUUCAUUUCUCAACCAGAAAACACCUCAAUACCCUUGUGCAUGUAUGCGUUCAUUUUUCACUCCAAAAGGAAAGAAAAAAGAAAAGAGUGAUGGAAAGAAAGACGGAGGGGGAAAAAGAGGGAAAGUGAGAGAAAGGGAGCAGUAUAAGUGGAAAACACGGUCUUAG